AUGGUCGCGACGAAAAUAUGGGUAAUAUUGUUAGUUUCUUUGGCUUCCGAAGUUUCUUCGAAGUUUGCGGAGGAUCGAGAAAAAUAAGCGGAAGAUUGCCGCCAUUCCACCUCAUAUCAAGGUUUUUGAAUUUAUUUACGCCUGGCUUGAGAAAAACUUUAAAUAAAGGUCUUGUAACUUCGCAAAAAUGUAUUUGAUAGUUUUUUAGAAUUUCAUCCUUUUGUUUUAUUUUCAAAGUUUUUUCAGACUUUAGAAGUUCUACAAGUUCCGCUGCGCAUCAACUGUUCAGUACCAAUGUGUAAAGGACCGCUAUCACAAAUUUAUUGCUACGGGGAUAUUUUGACGGCCGCUUGGCAGUUUGGACUGCAGAAAACUUGUCCCGGAGACAAACUGAGGGUGCCGGCGGAGGACGUUCUGACCGCAUUUUCUAGGUUUUCAGUCAGUUUAUAUUUUCGAUAAAUCUACUGAUCCAAAAGUCCAUAUUUUUCACAACGUUUGAUAAACUGCGUUCUAGGGAUAAGUUAAAUAAAAUCCUUUAUAUUGAAGCUUCCCUGUAGAGAAUUUAUUUUUCAGGCUUUCCUACCCUCUACACCGAGAUGUCUUUCAAAAUUUCUGUAAAGAAAGUUUUGAAAUAACUACUUAUCUUCAACCGACAAAUUUAGUCGAUUGGAAGGUUCAUCCACCGUUUUUGAACAAUAUAACGGAUCCAGAUAGAAAGUAAACUCACAAUGGAGAAAAUUCAGUUCAUAAUACAAUUUUUUAGGAAAUUGGCAGCAACUCUUCACGAGAAAUGGAGUUUCCUGGCCAGAAAAGUAGAAAGAAGAGUAUUCGAAAAUAGGGAUUUAUUUCCAAUUUGGCCGGUUAAAUAUCCUUUUGUGGUUCCUGGAGGACGUUUCGAUGUUUAUUUUUACUGGGACAUGUACUGGAUUGUCAAAGGUAAAUAUUUAUUUCAACAGAGAGAGAUCGAAGUUCUUUUUUCAGGUCUUUUGGUUUCUGAAUUAAAUACGACAGUUUGGGGAAUAAUCGAGAAUUUCCAUUCGAUCGUGCAAGAACACGGCUUCAUUCCGAAUUCGGGAAAUAUCCAGUGAGUUUUUUCACUUUUUAUAUCAGCUAAUAUGAGAACAAAAUCCAAAAAACACUAUUCAUGGCUUCGAAUUUGCAAAUAACUUUGUUUCACUGUUUCAAGUAGUUUUCCUCUGAAGAUUCAUCAGAAAGAGAUGAAACCAUGUGCCAAAAAAUCGGAAAAGUACGAAAUCUACAAUUUUCUGAGUUUUUUAUCACUUUCCUGUUUCAACCGACAUUCUUUAGGCUAUCAAGGCGGACUCAACCUCCCUUAUUCAUACACAUGAUCAACGAUUAUGUGAAUAAAACUGGAGACACAAAAUCGCUAAGUAGAUGGAUGACUUCGAUGGAAAAAGAAAUGGAGUUCUGGUUCAAAAAUAGAACAAUAAACCUUCCUGCUGGAAAGCUUUUCCUCUACAGGGUGAGCUUGAAAUGUUUUCAUUCAAAGAAAUGAUUUUAGAGCGAAACAGAUUGCCCAAGACCGGAAAAUCUGCUAGGAGAUUACGAUUUGGGAAUCAAUUCGAGUAAUCCGAGAGCAACUUGGCAAUCUAUUGCCUCGGCUUGUGAGAGUGGAUGGGACUUCAGUUCAAGGUGGAUGGAUAGAAGCGGCCCUAGAGCUUGUAAGUUUAGGUUUUUUAAGCUCUAACCUUACAUGAUGCUCUCACAGCUUGCUAAAAAUUAACUUAAAGAUAUUUUAAUUGGCAAAAGAAGCUUCCUAUGAUUUUACGGAAAAAAGCAAAGUUUUAGAUCAUCAAACUUUCCCGUUUCAAACAAAUUUUUCGAUGGUCUUUUUUCCUGUAUUUGAUACUUAAUGGUUUUUAGUUUGAUCAACUUGCUUUUCUGAAAAACGGGUUUGUUUUUCAGACGACCCUGCCACCAUCCACACAGCCGACAUCGUCCCAGUCGAUUUGAACGUAUUUAUGGCGCGAAAUAUGGCCUACUUGUCAAAUUUCCACAAAAUCUUGGGAAAUAAAACGUCACUCUCUUAGUGAUUGAAAAAUAACUUUUAUUCGUUUUUAGAGCUUCUGAGCAGUAUUGGAAGAAGUUCGAAGAGAUCCGAGACACUUUACAUUCAGCUUUUUGGGUGAAAGAGACUGGCGCCUGGUUUGACUUUGAUCUGACCACUAAAAAUCAUAGGUAAUCCGAGGAGCAUAAUUUUGGAAAUAUUUUGAAUUUCAGCUCAUGUUUCUCGCCUUCUAAUAUAUUUCCUUUAUUGCUAUCCGGCCUGAACAGAUUUGAUUCGGAAAUCGAAAAAUAUGUGAGAUCUACCGGGAUUUUAGACUAUGAUGGUUCGUUUUCUUUCUGAACUUUGUUUAUAGCCUGAACUGAAAAAAACAUUUUUAAAAUCAUGGAAUUCAAAAUUUUCAGCCGGUAUCCCUACAACUCUGAAUGUACCUUCUGAUCAGCAAUGGGAUUUUCCAAACGUUUGGGCUCCAAAUCAACAUUUGCUCAUUGAGAGCUUCAGAGCCACUCAAAAUAAAUUCUUACACACGGUGAAAAAUAAAUUAAGAUCUUAUUUUUAUUUUUUGAAUCCUAGGCAGCUAAUGAGCAAACGGACAAAUUCGUGAAGGCGGUCUACAAUGGGCUUUUCCAUCCACCUCCUGGAAAGGUAUGAAAUUAUAAAAAUGGAGAGGAAUUUGUUUGGCUGAAAAAGUUCUAUUGCUUGUGAAAGAUGCUAAAUUUUUAGAAAAAAAAGGCUAUUGAGAGCUUAAAAAGCUCAAAUUUUCUUUUUGACUGUAAGAACGAGAAAAAUUCUAGAAUGACGAUUUGAGCCGCUUAUGGUCCAAAUCCCCUUAAAAAAUGACUUAUUUCAGAUCGGUUCAAUUUGGGAAAAAUACGACGCUCGAAGUACAAGCGGAGCUUCUGGUGGCGGUGGAGAGUAUGAAGUUUAAUUCACUAUUUUUCGAAUGAACUCUGAUGAAAAAAAAUUAAAGGUCCAAGAAGGUUUCGGAUGGACAAAUGGCGCGGUGAUGGAUAUGGUUUGGAACAAUCGAAACACGCCUAGAAGAGGUGUUAUAUCAAAUUUGAAGCUUAAAAAUGGGGGUUUAUCGACUUCAGAUCCUCCAAAUAGGGAUAUUUUCUCGAGUCCUCUCCAAGCAACGGUCAUUAUUGGAUUGUGGACUUUGUCCGCUUUGAUGGCUUUGUGGUACGUUGUUUUUUCUGUACAAAGUCGUAAAAAGUUUUUUUGCAGCUUUUAUCAUAGAACAUGUAAAAAAAGAAUAUGAAUGUCAUGAUUGAAUUAUAAAAAAAUUUUAGUGUCAAAUUCAAAAAAAAAGAUGGGGAAAAGUUUCGAAUUUGAACUUCGAUGCUGUAAAACCUCAAUAAGUGACUUUUGAAUAAAAAGCUCAUAUCGUUACAUAAUUUUUCAAGAAAUAAAAUUGUUGGUUUCUGUUUUUUUCCCAAAUCACUUCGCCGUUUCAAUAAACUAAAAAAGUUACAGGUUUGUCGUAGCUACUUGCUGCAAGAAAACCCGACCGAAUCACCUGGAUUCUGAAUCUCAAGCCUCCAGAAGCCUUCUGAGCAACAUGGAAGAUGACGACGACUUUUAA